GUUUCGAGAACUGGUCCAUCACUACCAGAAACAGUAUCCUGCUCUCACACUCGAUGUGGAGCUUGAGCUAUCAAAAUUUAAGAAGCAUGCUGAUAGACUGAAUGAAAUGGGACUGGUUGGCGAUACAAUCGAAGCUCUUGAUGAUAUGCGCAGACAGGGCAAAAGUGUGCUGGUUGAGGGCGCAAAUGGUGCAAUGUUAGACAUCGAUUUCGGUAUUAUU